AUGGCUGCCGCUCAGAACGAAGAUUUUGUACAUUUAUGGAUUCAAACCCAGUCCGUGCUACAAUGCACUGGCAUUGAUGACUUCCCAAACGGUGAGGCUCACCAGGAGGUUCUUGACAUGAAAAACUGGAUCGAGGCUGCCGAGCAGGAAGUGUCGCUUCUCUGCGACCUUGCACCGACGAUUCAACUUAUUUCUGACGACGCAAAUGAUCCACUAACACCGAGAGCAUCAACAGCUCCGCAAGAUGUGAAUGCAAUCCCUCUUUUUUCCAAGCCCGAGGGAGCUGGAAGUGGCGUCAAUGCGAAAACAAGCACAUACAACGAUGACGGGAAGCCCAUCAUGUCCAUCCCAUUAUCCUGA